AAGUGCUGCUGGAGCAAAGUGUUCUGGGCUUGCAGUUCAGAUCGUGUCAUGAGAGGCUUCCUGUUCUGGUUGCUGCUUUGGGGCUCCAGGGCUGGCUCACUUUUCCGUGUGCAUGGCAGCAUGAGGGAGAGGUUGUAGGGGUUUAGCUGCUGGCUGCUGCUUGCUGCUGCUCCCUGCUGUGCUUUGUCUGCAGAUAGGCUCAGGGAGUUCUGCUUUAUGAUCUCUCUUCUGCAUUAAACUCUUCGUGUCAGUUCUUUAUCUCAUCACAGAGUUACUCUGCUGGGGGCAAACAAGCAGAUGAACCUGUUCCAGUGCACUGACCUGCUACAGGAGGACUCUGUCCAGAGGCUCUUGCCAGGCCACUGUGAAGAGCUGUGAAGCCAUGGAGUGUAGGCAGGGGUGGGCAGGGCUGUCCUGCAGAGCGGGGUCCCUCCAGCCUCGGGGCUGUAUGCUGGGGCAGGGACUCUGCUGCCUGCCAGGCUCAGCUCUCAGCCUGCCUGGGGAGCUCCUUGUUCCUUGUGGGGAGAAGGGGAAGGAGCAGGGCACAGCAUGAUUCAGCUGUGCAGAGUGUGGGUCAGGGCUACUCACAGCUCCAGUUCACCCUCAGCACACUCUCGGAGGCUGCAUUUCAAGAUGAAGAUCGAGGCAGAAGCUACCUUAAAGCCACUCCAAGCCCAGAGGCAGGCAAUGUCCAACAGCAGCUCCAUCACUGAGUUCCUCCUCCUGCCAUUCGCAGGCACACAGCAGCUGCAGCUGCUGCACUUCUGCCUCUUCCUGGUCAUCUACCUGGCUGCCCUCCUGGGCAACAGCCUCAUCAUCACCACCAUUGCCUGGCACCACCACCUGCACACCCCCAUGUACUUCUUCCUCAUGAAUCUCGCCCUUCUUGACCUGGGUGCCAUCUCCACCACCGUGCCCAAAUCCAUGUCCAGUUCCCUGAGGGACACCAGGGUCAUCUCCUAUGCAGGAUGUGCUUCCCAGGUCUUUUUCUUUCUCUUCUUGCUCGCUGCAGAGUAUUUUCUCCUCACCAUCAUGGCCUACGACCGCUACGUUGCCAUCUGCAGACCCCUGCACUAUGGCACCCUCCUGGGCAGCAGAGCUUGUGCCCACAUGGCAGCAGCUGCCUGGGCCUGUGGCUUUCUCUAUGCUCUGCUGCACACAGCCAAUACAUUUUCCCUGCCCCUCUGCCAGGGCAAUGCUGUGCACCAGUUCUUCUGUGAGAUCCCCCAGAUCCUCAAGCUCUCCUGCUCCACAGCCUACCUCAGGGAAGUUUGGGCUAUCCUGGUCAGUGCCUGUUUCAUAUUUGGCUGUUUUGUGUUCAUUGUGGUGUCCUAUGUGCAGAUCUUCAGGGCAGUGCUGAGGAUGCCCUCUCAGCAGGGACGACACAAAGCCUUUGCCACCUGCCUCCCUCACCUGGCUGUGGUGUCCUUGUUUGUCAUCACUGUCAUCUUUGCCUACCUGAAGCCCCCAUCCAUCUCCUCCACAUCUCUGAAUCUGGUGGUGUCAGUUCUGUACUCAGUGGUGCCCCCAGCAGUGAACCCUCUCAUCUACAGCCUGAGGAACCAGGAGCUGAAGGCUGCCCUGAGCAAACUGCUCACUGGAUGCUUUCAGAAGCAAUAA